AUGUUCAGUACCAAAGAUAUCUUUACAAUUGUGAUCACUGCAGAAUUCAUAAUAGGAAUGUUAGGCAAUGGAUACAUUGGACUAGUCAACUGGAUUGACUGGAUUAAAAAGAGAAAGAUCUCAUCAAUUGACUAUGUCCUGGCCAGUUUAGCUAUCUCAAGAAUGUGUUUGAUUGCAAUUAUAGUACUACAUGGUAUUUUGGUAACACUAUACCUAGAUGUGUAUGAAAAUCAGAAAAUAUGCAUAGUUGUUAACAGCCUCUGGACAUUCUUUAACUACUUAAGUAUGUGGUUUACAACCUGUCUGAAUGUCUUCUAUUGCCUCAAGAUAGCCAAUUUCUCCCACCCAUUUUUUCUCUGGCUGAGGUGGAAAACUGAUAGAAUGGUUCACUGGGUCCUGCUGGGAUGCUUCACCAUCUCCUUUGCGGUUGGCAUUAUAGUAUUCCCAACAGUGACUUAUGGUUAUAAGCUUCAUUACCUUAUAAAAAAUACAGGAAACAUCACUGAAAUGAGUAAAAUUCAAUACUUUGAGCCAAUAACUUUAUUUAACCUGUUUGCUCUGGUACCAUUCAUUUUUUCACUGAUCUCAUUUUUUCUUUUAAUAAUAUCCCUAAGAAGACAUAUUAACCGAAUGAAAAUGAAUUCUAAAAGUUGUAGAGACCCCAACACACAGGCUCAUGUGAAAGCCAUGAUAAUUAUAACUUCAUUCUUCUUCUUCUUCUUUAUUUACUGUGUGUUUUCUCUUUUAGUGACCUUUAGCUAUCUUAUAACAGAACAAAUGUUAGCUAUAAUGGUUGGAGAGGCUGUAGCAAUUCUCUAUCCAUCAGGACACUCAGUUAUUUUAAUUUUUGGAAAUAAUAAACUGAGGCAGCCAUCUGUCAGGAUGCUGACAUGUAGAAAAAUAGCCUGCAUGAUGUGA